AUGUACCUAAAUAGAACGAAACUAUCGGGUAGAAUAGAUAGUAAAUUAGAAAAACAGUUAACCGAAACACGUGACUAUUGGAAAAACGUGUUAAGACGCAUAAUUGAAACAAUAUUAUUUUUAUCGGGACGUGGUUUACCAUUUCGAGGUUCGGACGAACACUUCGGGUCAAAUCAUAAUGGAAAUUAUCUUGGAAUAUUGGAGCUUCUUUCAAAAUUUGACCCAUUUUUAGCCCAACAUAUCGCUGUACACGGAAAUCAAGGAAAAGGACACACAUCUUAUUAUUUGUCCAAAACUAUUUGUAACGAAUUUAUUGCACUUAUUGCAAACAAAACUCGUACAAUGAAUAUAGAUCAAUUAAAAAAAGCUGGUUAUUUUUCAAUAAGCGUUGAUUUUACUCCUGAUAUAACCCAUAUGGAUCAACUAACAAUUAUUUUGAAAUACGUAAAUAAUGAUGGACCAGUAGAACGUUUCAUUACUUUUAUUCAUAUUACAAGUCAUACUGGUGCAAAUCUUGCUUUGUGUUUACUUAACUUUUUGAAAGAAAAUGAUAUUAACAUAGAAAAUUGUCGUGGGCAGAGCUAUGACAACGCUAGCAACAUGAGUGGGACUUAUACUGGUAUGCAAGCAGAAAUAAAAAAGUGCAAUUCAUUAAUUGAUUAUAUUCCGUGUAUUGCACACUCGUUGAAUAUCGUUGGACAAUCUGCUGUAGAUUGUUGUGUUGAAGCAGUUUCAUUUUUCGUUACUAGAUGGAGUGCAAAUGCUGAGGCCGUUAAAGCGUUAUUUUUAAGUUACGAGAAUAUUAAUGAAGCGUUAAGAAAAAUUCAAAAUGAUACAUUACAAAAACAAUCAACUCGGCACCAAGCUUCUUGUUUAAGCUCAAUACUCGGUCAUUUAGAAACUGGCAUUAUGUGUGAAUUAUGGCAUAAUAUUCUCGAACCCUUUAAUAAGUGUAGUAAAAGCAUUCAGAGUGGUAUAAUUGAUUUAUAUACUGAAAUUAACUUAAUUGAAAGUCUUAAAAUUGUCCUUCAAAAUAUAAGAAAUCAAUAUGAUGAAUAUGAAAGCAAUGGUAUGAAAAGAGCUAAGAAUGAAGACUAUAAAUUAACUAGGCAUAGAAAAAAAUUUAAGAGAAACGAGAGUAGUUUUAAUGAACUAAAUGCAAAAGAAUCAUUUAAAAUAAAUACUUCUUAUGUUAUAAUUGAUCAGCUUUAUAGUGUUUUGGUACAUAGAAUAAACGCUUAUACUACCGUAAGGGAUAAUUUUAAGUUAUUAUCAGACAUUUCAAUGAACAUGCAAAUUGAAGACAUAGAAGGAGGAAUGAAAAAGUUAUUAGAAAGGUAUCCAAAAGAUUUCCCUGAUGAUUUUACAAAUGAGUUAGUUUUUCGUCAACGUCUUUAUCAUUAA